AUGAGCAUCCUCACCGGCAUUCGUCUUGGUCCUCAGGGUUAUCAUCCUCAGCAUUCUUCUUGGUCCUCAUCAUUAUUGGCAUUCAUCUUGGUCCUCAUUAUCAUCAUCAUGAGCAUCCUCACCGGCAUUCGUCUUGGUCCUAAGCAUUAUCACCAUCAGCAUUCAUUUUGGUCCUCAUCAUCAUCAGCAUCCUCACCGGCAUUCAUCUUGGUCCUCAUCAUCAUUAGCAUUUGUCUUGGUCCUCAGCAUUAUCAUCAUCAGCAUCCUCACCGACAUUCGUCUUGGUCCUCAUCAUCAUCACCGGCAUUCAUCUUGGUCCUCAGUUUAAUGAAGAUCAUCAUUGAUGAAAAUAGUUUUAUAACAAAAACCGUAUUAAAAGGUGGUAAACCAUCAUUGAGCUAUAAAGGUGAUAAGAAGGCUGAUAACAAAGUUGAAGCUGAUAAAAUUCGUGAAGAUUAUUUCAAUAAGAACAGUGGUACUAAAGUUCUUAACGACCUAUUAAAUGGAAUUUUAAUCUUUAGAAAUAAAAGCAAAGUUGGCCUUAGUUGA